AAAUUAGUGAAGAUUGUUUAUAUCUAAAUAUAUUUACUUCUAAUCCUUCUAAUACUGGAAAUAUGUCUGUUUUAGUAUUUAUUCACGGUGGUGGAUAUACCAGUGGAAGUGGUGCAAGAUGGCACGGCCAAAUAUUAGCUGCUCAUGAAGACAUAGUCGUGAUUACCAUUAAUUAUCGACUAGGUGUACUAGGUUUUAUGUCAUCCGCUAUCCAAGCUAAUCUUGGUCUACUAGAUCAAAGUUUAGCUUUACAAUGGGUAAAAGAUAAUAUUGAAAAUUUCGGAGGUAACCCACAACAUAUUACAAUAGCUGGAAAUUCAGCGGGUGCCUCAUCCGCUAUGUAUCAUAUGGUUAUGCCUUCUAGUAAGGGAUUAUUUAGGGGUGCAAUCUUUCAAAGUGGACCUUAUGGAGCUAUACCAUCAUUUAUUAAAUCUCGUACAUCAUUACCAAUAACACUAAAGGAUGCUGAGAUAUCUUUUAAACGAUUUAGUUCAGCAGCUAACUGUACAAAAAGUACAGCGUCAGAAACUGUCAAUUGUUUACAAGUUUUAACCAUACAACAGUUAGUAAAUCUCCAAUAUAGCCUACAAUCAAAUUAUCCAGCUCUUAUUUCUCCUUUUGCUGAUGGCAGCAAUGUGCAAGAAGUCUUGUAUACGGCUAUACCAGCAGGAAGAUUUCAUAAAGCUAAUGUUAUGAUGGGCACUACAUUAAACGAUGGCUACUUCGGUCUUAUUUUGUUACCCAAUUCAGUUAAUGUUGCAAAGGGAAUAUCACGUCAAGAUUUCAUGUCUAUAACUAGUAAUGCCUUUCCUUUUGCAAACCAAGGCGUAAAAUUAUCUAUACAAUAUCAAUAUACUAAUUGGAGUAAUUUUAAUUCACCGAUAUCGAAUCGGGAUCAAUAUGGAGAAAUUAUCAACGACUUUAUUUUUGCACUUCCAAAUGAGUACUAUGCCGAUCAGUUUUCUCGAUAUAUACCCACCUAUAGCUACAUAUUUGCUCAUCGUACUAGUGGCACGUUCAGACCUACUUAUCUAAAGGUAGUACAUAGUAUGGAAAUGCCAUAUGCUUUUAGUUAUGCAAUCGAUAGGCCAGCUGAUUAUUCAACAACAUUUAAUGCUGAAGAAAAAGAUUUAUGCAAGUAUAUCAUGUCGUACUGGGGUAGUUUUAUUCGCAAUGGGUUAGUACCGAUGUUAGAAUUCUAUAAUUAA